CUCCGUCCCCGCUGCAGCGCCGCGCACCUACGGCGGCGGGGCCGGGGCGGGGCUUGGCUGCCCGCUCCGCCCCGGCGGCGGCAGCAGCCCCCGGAGCAGCUCCGGCAGCGGCAGCUCCAGCAGCAGCGGCACCGCCGGCAUCCGCGCACACCCCGGCUCGGCGGCUCCUGUUGCGCCUUCGCCGCCCCCCGCGCCGUACAAAGCCCGGGGCGGGCGGAGCGUGCUUGGCUCUCGCGCGCCGCGGAGGAGGAGCGGCGCCCCCCCGGCUCCCCGGGCAUCGUUUUUUCCCUUCGUUUCCCUUCGUUUGUCGGAGGGGGAAGAUGGCGAGGAGCGGCGCGGGGCCGCGGCGCCUCCUGCUGCCGCUGCUGCUGGCCCUGGCGCUGGCGGCGCGGCGCUCCGGGACGCGCACCGCAGAGAAACUACUAGUUUUUACUGUAGCGACUAAAGAAACUGAUGGCUUUCACCGUUUCAUGCGAACUGCAAAGCACUUCAACUACACAGUAAAGGUACUUGGAAAAGGUGAAGAGUGGAAAGGUGGCGAGUUGCCUAACUCUAUCGGUGGAGGGCAGAAAGUUCGACUGCUGAAAGAAGGCAUAGAAAGCUAUGCUGAUCAAGAGAACUUGGUUGUGAUGUUUGUUGAAUGCUAUGAUGUUAUCUUUGCAGGGGGGCCUGAAGAACUGUUAAAGAAGUUCCAGGAAACUAAUCAUAAAGUGGUGUUUGCAGCAGAUGGACUAAUUUGGCCGGAUAAAAGGCUAGCUGAAAAGUAUCCUGUUGUCCGGAAUGGAAAACGAUUCCUGAACUCAGGAGGAUUUAUUGGUUAUGCUCCAUAUAUAAAUCGUAUUGUGCAGCAAUGGAAUCUGCAGGAUAACGAUGAUGACCAGCUGUUUUACACCAAAAUCUAUGUUGACCCGUUGGCAAGGGAACGCAUUAACAUUACUUUGGACCACAAAUGUACAAUUUUCCAGACCCUAAAUGGAGCUGUUGAUGAAGUCCUUUUGAAAUUUGAAGAAAGAAAAGUAAGAGCAAGGAACUCGGCGUAUGACACGUUACCAAUCACCAUUCAUGGAAAUGGUCCAACUAAAAAUCACUUGAAUUAUUUGGGAAACUAUAUCCCCAAUGCUUGGACACGGGAAACUGGUUGUGGUAUUUGUGAUUUAGACUUACUAGACCUGUCAACAGUAACGGAAUAUCCAAGAGUAAAAAUUGGUGUUUUCAUUGAACAACCCACUCCAUUCCUACCUAAAUUUUUAGACAGAUUAUUAACUCUGGACUAUCCAAAGGAGGAGCUCAGUAUCUUCAUUCAUAACAAUGAGGUUUACCAUGAAAAGCACAUCAAGAAAUUCUGGGAAAAAGCCAAGAACAUUAUCAGAAACAUAAAAAUUGUUGGACCUGAAGAAAAUCUGAGUCAAGCAGAAGCCCGGAACAUGGGAAUGGACCUUUGUCGCCAGGAUAAAGCAUGUGACUAUUACUUCAGCAUAGAUGCCGAUGUAGUGCUGACAAACAUGAAAACCUUAAGAAUACUGAUAGAACAGAACAGAAAGAUAAUUGCUCCCCUUGUUACUCGGCAUGGGAAGCUUUGGUCCAAUUUCUGGGGCGCUUUGAGCCCAGAUGGCUACUAUGCUCGAUCAGAAGACUAUAUUGAUAUUGUCCAAGGGAACAGAGUAGGAGUGUGGAAUAUUCCGUAUAUGGCUAAUAUAUACUUAAUUGAGGGACAAACUCUCAGAUCAACGAUGAAAGAAAAGAACUACUUUAUGCGUGAUAAGUUGGAUCCUGAUAUGGCGCUCUGCAGGAAUGCCAGGGAAAUGACUUUACAAAGGGAAAAAGACUCCCCUUCUUCGGAAACAUUCCAUAUGCUCAGACCCCCAAAGGGUGUCUUCAUGUACAUUACCAACAGACAUGAAUUUGGAAGACUUAUUUCUACAGCCAAUUACAAUACCUCCCACUACAACAAUGACCUCUGGCAGAUAUUUGAAAAUCCUGUGGACUGGAAGGAAACCUAUAUAAAUCCCAACUACUCAAAGAUCUUCACUGAUAAUAUAGUAGAACAGCCGUGUCCAGAUGUGUUUUGGUUUCCCAUAUUUUCUGACACUGCCUGUGAUGAAUUGGUAGAAGAAAUGGAACAUUUUGGACAGUGGUCUGGUGGAAAACACCAGGACAGCCGUAUUUCUGGAGGUUAUGAAAAUGUCCCAACUGACGAUAUUCAUAUGAAGCAAAUUGGACUGGAUAAUGAAUGGCUGCAUUUCAUAAGAGAGUUCAUUGCACCAGUGACGUUAAAAGUGUUUGCUGGCUAUUAUACCAAGGGGUAUGCUUUGUUGAAUUUUGUUGUAAAAUAUAGCCCAGACAGACAACGGUCACUCAGACCUCAUCAUGACUCCUCUACAUUCACAAUCAACAUCGCUCUCAACAAAGUAGGAGAGGACUUUCAAGGAGGUGGAUGUAAAUUUCUUAGGUACAACUGCUCCAUUGAGUCUCCCAGGAAAGGAUGGAGCUUCAUGCACCCAGGAAGACUUACUCAUUUACAUGAAGGACUUCCCAUAUUAAAUGGCACAAGAUACAUUGCAGUAUCAUUUAUUGAUCCUUAAUUUUAUUUUUUUUUGUCCUCUUCAACAGCAGUGUCUGAUUCUUUACAUAAACAUUUAUUUAUAGAUUUCAUCUGGAAGAUGGUGAUAAAAGAAACAAGUUACUGUUCUUAGACAGCAAAGUUACUUUGAGGAAAAAGAAUGAAAAAAAAAAAGAAAAUGUUCUAAAGUUGCCGAAGAUUUCUCAAUAUCCACUCUGAGCCUUGAGUCACAAAGUAAACAAGUCCUGCUAGUUUUUCCGUUCUGUAUUAAAGAGUAGUAAGGAGGGAAAAUGGAAAAGCAUUUUAUAAUGAAUCCCUUUAUUUGUUGGAAAAAAAAAAAAAACAACCCUAGAUAUAAAAAUAUCUGAAAAGUUUACUGUGGUUUUCAUCCAGUAAAGUGAGGUGGCUGAACUUUUUGUGGUGUGUAUAUUUAAUACCAACCAAUUAAAAAUGACAGCAUAAAACCAAAAUAAAGUGAAUCUUGUAUACAGGUGUUGGGGAUAAGCAAUAUUUCCAUAUGCUUGUAUAUGCUGAAGGGAAAACAUCUCAGGAGCCUGUUUUCUUAUUAAUUUUCAAUACAGAAAUUGACACAUAUAGAAGAAAAAAAAUUGUGCGGAUGGAGCAAGGAUUAAAUAAUUUAGCUAAGAAAAAAUGGCUUAUCAUUUGUUUUGAGAACUCAUCCUCUGGAAAAUUUACUUUUCUUCACCAAGUGACCUUUGUGUAAAAUGAGUUAUUUUUCUAAUGUGUAAUUGCACCCAAUUGAUACUGGAAAUUUGAUGUUUAUUUUCAGAAUGCUGGUAAAUUUUAAUAAUAGGUUGUUUUAUAAGGAUAGUUUUCUAUGCUUACUUUAAAUUACUUGAAUUUUGUAUCAGGAAAAUGAAAUGGUGGCAGGCUCACUUUUAAUGCUAAGGGUCUCAAUGUGCCAUUUAUUUGAAAGAAAUUGGUUUAAAAUAUUCCUACUGUAUCUACUGUUUGUAAUUUAAAGAAACUUGAAGCUAACUGUUUCAAAGUCUACUGUGCCGAAGUGCACAAUGUGUUGGAAAAACUUGUGAAAAAUAAAGGGUAAUUUUAAAUUAAUUAAAUUUAUGUUAAUUAAUUAAUGUAACAGCUUUCACUUGACUGCGUUAAGUUAUUUAUUUGUAUGUUGCCAUUUUUCUUACAGAAAUUUUUAUUUAUUGAUGAAUAUUUUCAAAGGAACUAUAGAUAAGUUUAGAUUGGAGAUUUCUCAAAGUGUCAGUUUUUGGCUUUUUUACUCUGUUACUAUUGAAUUUAUUUCUUAUGUGAGUUGGUGUGUAUGUACCAGAUCUUGUAUUACAGUUUCAGAAUGGCACUACCAGUAUGGAUGUUUCUUGUUUUCAGUAUCAACCUUCAUUUUUAAUAUAGAGGCUUUCUGAUGAUCUAAGCAGUAGUUCACUUUUUACCUGCUAAUAUUUGAAGAAACUUUAUAUCACAUUUCCUAAGCAGAAGCUUUAUUUGGAGCUGGAAGGAUUAUGAGAGGAGUUCAAAGAUUAUUCUUUUGCCAAAACUGUGUGUCUGGUUAUUUCCUCAUUCUGCCGUCUUGAGGAACGGGUUGUAACCAUAAAGUUACGCUGAAGCAAAUACAUCAAAAUGGGAUAACUUCAAUAAUGUACUAAAAUGGGCUGGCUUGAAAAGGAAUGGCUUUUCACAGGAAGUUAUUUUCUUUCUUUUAAUUUCUCUUUACACUGUCAGCUUCUCACCAUUUCAGGCUAAUAUUUGGACAUUGGUGUCCUUUGACUUUGUUUCCAGACAUGUAACGCCUCUUGUCUUACCAAGUGUCUCUCUAUAUAGCCUGUGCUUAGGAAAACUUUAUAGAGCAGAACAUCUUCAGGCCUUCAAAAUGAAAGCAGCCUUUAUUAAUCACCUUUUUCUGAGUGUUUGCCUGUGAUAUCUUAGGCUAAGUCAGAACAGAAUAAAUUCAUAAAUUUUUUACCACUGAAUCAGUUACAGUUAUGAGGAGCUUUCUUGAAAAACACAAAAAAUGCAAUCCUGUAGCACACAGGGGAAGUUCUUUUGCAGAUUUUUUCUUUCAUAACUUGUGUUUUAAUUAUGUAUUUGUAUUUAAUUGUGUAUUUUUCCCCCUCAACCAAUAUAGAGCUUUACUUACUGUUAAAUUUCUGUGUUUCGAACUAUUAAUUCAGUUUGUCACAUAGUGAUGCGUAAUGGUACUUUUACUGUGCUGCACAGGUGUUGGAAGGAAAAAUGUGCUUACCAUGCUCAUGUUACUGCGAUUCUGUCUUGUUUUUUCAUGAAGUGUUUGCAAAGGCUAACAAUUGCCUUUCAGCAGGUGGAUGGCAACAUGUAUGGAAGCGUCCUCAUCAUUAACAACUUGGAAACUGGCAGAUAACAGAAAAAAAGUUUGCUCUUAACAGUUCACCUGAAUUAGUUCUGAAAGCUUUGCUGUACUGUUACAUUAGUGUGUGAGUACAUGAGCUCACACAGCCUAAGUGGAAUUGUCGCUGUUAGGAAAUUGGUUUUAGUUUUCAUUACCUUUAAAAGCACUUUGAGACACUUGUGUCUCUUAAUAAAGUUUGGUUUUGAGCAUAGAAGAUACAUGGAUCCACAAGGAAAGCAGCAACCUUGAUUCCAGCAGUGUGUGAGAAACCUUGGGAGUACAGGGACAUAAAGGUGCUCUCCAACCAAAUGUCUCAAAUGAGACAUUUGUGAAGUAUUUGUUUUGAUGCUGCUUUCGUCUAGCUUUGUAUUUCACUGUGAAGUACUCAAAGAGACUGUGGUGUGGGUAAGAAUUGAGAGCAGUAUAGACGCAAGAGAAUUUCUGACUAUUUUUAACCAAAUUGAUAUAGCUUGUUUUAGAUUCAUAUUCAUGAAUUAUUCCAACUCUGAUGCUUCUAAAAAUUGUUCAGGGUGUUUGGUAGUAUUUUAUACACUUAAUUAUCUCUAACAUUACUGUGCAACAAGUAAUUCCAAUAUGUAUCUGUCACUUCAUUUUUUUCCCCAAAACUGUUGCACUCUUACUGUGAGCUAAGAGGAAUAAAACUAUGGUAAGCCCAAAAGAAGAUAGAUUUUCAGUGAGGCAAUAAUGAAAUGUGUUUGAUUGUGACUUUUUCUUUUGUAAUGGCUUUCCCUCCACACCUGCUGUAGUCAUGGAAUAAAUGUUAAUUCGAUGCAGGGCUUUCACAAAAGCUUCUUUUUUUGCAGUAUGUAAGAAAUAGGGAGACAAAGACAUUUAAAGAAAUGGAAAAGUCUAGAAAAGACCCUUAUAAUUCCUUUCUCCUCUGUGUGUGCGUUAGUUUACCUUUUGUCUUUACUCUUGAAAAAAUUUGGUCAGAUUUUUCUUUACAGCUGCUGCAAUCAGCUUUUUAAAGAAUAUGUGCAUUUCAGUUUCCUUUGAUUUAUUUGUGAUGUGGUUUUUGGUGGAUUCAGUUCUGAAAGAAGUAUUUUUUUGAAUCUUCACUCCCCUGCAUCCUUACUUUCUUGCAUGGCUGAGUAGACUGCUCUGCUAUUUUUGUGAGUGAAAAGGAACAUAAUACCUGUCUUGGCAGAUACCCCUGUGACUGAGGCAUCAGAUAAAUUACUUGACUUCUUUUUAUUAUGGGAUUUUUUGAUUCCGUAGCCGAGCAUGAAUCAGAGAGCAGAGCCUUUAUAAAAUGUAUUUGUGGAGUUGAUAUUGGCAACUCUUAGAGCUGAGAUUUGCACUACUAGAGUUAACUGUAGAGUUGGAGGAACAAGUAAUUAAUUUAUGACUGCUAGGAAGUCCCAGUUGUUCUGUUUCUUCCCUCUAGCCACUGCCAAGAAAGAUAGUCUCUGACAGAAGUAAGUUUAUAGCCAACACUGAAAUUGAAAUGAGAAUUGAUGGUGCGGGAUUUUACUGUACGCAGAUGGUGGAAGUGUCACUUCAAAUGGCUUUCCAACAUCAUUUCUGAGAUACUUUCUGUAUCUUAAUAUAAAAAGCUAUUCUGGAUCUACUGAAGCAGAUAGUCUUUAAAGUACUGAAGAACUUUGUUCUUGUGUGCAAAUAAAAUGUUAAACACAAUUGGAAAGAGAUGCUUUUAUUUUCAAUGAAACGUUGUUGUAAUCUUUUUUUUUUUUUCUCCUUUCUUUAAUUAUCUUCCUAUUUGCCAUAGCUUUUAAGAUCUGUAUAAGUGCAUCCCCCUUACCAGAUGACUGUUUUCUUUUAGUGCAUUUCAGGGCUGAGGGGAGAGCCAAAUGAGGAGGGGAUGGGCCAAAGCUAAGGAAAGUUCAUUUUCUAGAUUGAGCAUUACUUCUGUGUUUAAAGAAAUGCCCCUCAGGAUUAUUUUGUGCAGGAACCAAAUGUAAGACCAGAUAGCUGAUAAAAAGUGUAUUCCACUUAAGGUAUUUAAUAGAGUAAGGGAACAGUUCAAAAGCAGGAUUUCAAUCAGCAUGGUUACAGCCUUUAUUUGCAUCAGUGUAAGUAGUAUCAAAGUAUCAAAAAGGAGUAUCAAAGCUGAGAGGCUGGCCUGUGUGGAGAAUAUUGAUGAGAUUGCAGGCAGUGCUGCAGGGUUAUUCCAAGCUACCUAGGCAGCUGAGAAAACUGUUUUUCUUGAAAAGGCUCAUUUGUGUUUUGAGUCCUGUCUAUGGUUCCCUUUGUGCUUGCCUGCUCCACUUACUGCUGGUUUACAGUUGUCAAAUGUCUCUGAGUUCCUGAAGCUGGCAAGGGAGAUGCAUAGUAACACAUUUAUUCAGGAUCUAGUAUUUUGGCUCGAAACCAGAGUUCUUCUAUUUCCAAGAAUUUUGUUUAGCUGUGAAAGGAGUUGGUCAACUCCUAAUGGCUUUGCACCAUUUUGUCUGCACUGUUCUGUGAGCGGGGAGCAGAGAGAGGAGGAAGGCAGCAGAGCAAAUUUGGUAUAAACUACUUCUUUACUACACUGGUAGUAGAGAUGGGGCAUGAAAACAUUGCAUUUUUACAGUUUCAGGUGUAAUGGCAGGCCAUGUGAACAAUACUUUAAGCCCAUGAGAUGGUUUACAAUAUGUAAUACACUAAGACAUCUGCAUCUACCCUUCAAAGUGAGCUUAACUAACACUUCAGGCUUUAAGCUUUCUCGGACUUGGGUUGCUAAUCUCUCACAAUGUACAGUCAUCCACUGGUGGUGUGUGAAAUGGGAGAUUGCAACCUUACUUUUUUACACUUUGUAGAGUAGUAAUUUUCAGUUUUAAAUUCAAGCUUAUUGUUCUAAAGUAUAAAGUGAAUUAUCUUCUACACACAAUAUGGCAGCAGGACUAACGGAAUAACUUCUCAGGUCUUUAUUCCUUGAAGUACCUUUGAGACUGAUAAUUAUUAUUCUUCUGCAAGGGGAAUGUGUGUCCAACUACUGUUAAUAUUUGAAUGAUAGGUCUUUCACCAUCCUGUGGCAGCAGCAGGGAUGGAGAGAUGAAGUUGGCAAGGGUACGUGAGCGAGAGUGCUGUAUCCUGCUCCUAUCCCUGGUUGCACUUGGCACACUGAUUACAGAGAAAUUUGAGUUUCGCUGCUGUAGUUGGAUCCUACGCAGCUGACCUCAGGAUGUGUGUAAAGCGCUUAGAGAAAGGAGAGCGUGCUUUGUAAGGAUGAACUCUGCUAUUUUAACUCCUGAAUUCUGACAAGUCUCUGAUGAGGAUUUUAUGGGGGGAUUAACCUGUUUUUUUACCCAGAGACUUCUGAUUUGGGCAUGGUGGUGACUGAGGGCAUUUCUGUAAGAAGCAGUGUCUCUUAGUGAGUUUGAAGUUCUGAAAGCACAAGGCCAUUGCAGCUUUUUAAAGUAAGCUUCUCCUGUAUGAAGUAAACACAGUGCAUUAAAAGUUAAGGGAGAAGGUAUUGAGUAUAAGGUACUAAAAGCUAGUUUUUCUCUUUGGAAUUGCUGGGUGAGUGUAAGAAGUGAGCGUGUACAUAGUGCAGCAAUGAACUUCUGGCGUAAGUCAAAUUUAAAGACUUAUCUCUGAAUCACUUUUGCAAACUGUGAUUCACUGGGGAGCCAUUUCAAGCAUUUGGUCAUUCUUGAAAACACGUGCCAUGUAAAGUAGAACAGGCCCUGGUAUAUAAAACAGUGUUCUGCCUUUAAAGUUCUAGAUUUGCCUGUCUCAGACUUAUUGUUGCAGUGCCAUCAUGGGUUGUAGAGUGGAGAUCUUGAUAGUGUUACUUACAAAAAGAGGAAACUCUCAGUUCUUGUCCUUCAUUCGCAUGCAUGAGAGUAUUUUGGCCAUAUGAGGUAUACCCCCUUUUUUGUUCUCAAUAGAUUCCUUGCCUGUACCCCCAUCACUCGGGCAUACAUUCACAUAUCUCUUUCCAUCCAGACUGUGCCCCCUUUACACACGUCUCAUGUGUUUGCCAGAUGUCAACAUUCCAGCAGGGACAAAAAAAAAAAAAUAAAAUAGAGGCGGCUGAUGGCUUUUGCAUAAAUACAGGCUGGAGCAAGAAAGGCAGAGACAAGGGAGCUUUAUUUUAAAGUGUUCUUGAAGUGUAGAUUUAAAACUGCUGCCUCUGUGGUAAAGAAAGAUGCCGUAGGAUCAGAACUAGGGAGCUAUUGUGUAUGACUGAGAUAUACUCUGUAGAAGAGCAUAGAUGGUGUUUCCUGAUUUAAGCUUUUUUUCUUGUAGUUUAUGCAGGCAGUGGGAUGAGAUGGAUGUAGAGGGCCACCAGCGAGUGCCAUUUCUCAGCUCCCACAGGCGAGCCUUUUGUUCUAAGCUGUGUCAUUGCUGGUGGCCAUUGGAGUGGGUGACCCCUGCGAUGUUUCGCUGUUGUGAUGUGCAUUUGGUGAAGGCUUUUUAGUUUUCAUUUCAUUAUCCCUCAGUGUGUGUGUGUGUGUCUGUAUGAACGCAAACCCGUGCUCAAUCUUUGCUAUAGCUUGGCUCUACCUUAAGUUUCUUCUACAAAGAGGAUUUUUUUCAUUUCUUAGGCUUGAAAAAAGUUUCCCAAAUUCUAAAAAUUAUGGUGCACAGAAGAGUGCACAAACAAGCCUUUAUUUUUCUUUAAAUCUUACCGACAUGAAGGGAAUAUGAACCUUCCAAGAAUUAAUUGAUCCACAUCAGAUGUUGAAAUGGCAAAAGUAGGAAAAUGAGGUGUUCUUUGGCUGAACAUAGCAGUGUGGGAAAUGCUGUGCCUUUUUCGUCGUUAGGUAGACGUAAUCUACCUGAAGUUGGAUAACACAGGUGUGAAAGGCUGAAGGGAGAUACAAGUAUGUUUCCAAAAUAGCUGUGCACAGGUGUUCUUGAAAUGUCGUUUGAACAAAUAAACGGAUCUGUUCUUGGCAAGUUAUUCACAUUUUAUUUACUUUUAGUCUGAAGGGAACAAAAGCACAUUAUAAAGCUGUAGCACAAUUCAAAUGCUGGGAUUCAGAAGCUCAUGAAAAAUAAAAAUAGAUUGAAAGGAUAUUGCAAAGGAGAGGAGAACUUUGCAGCCAUUGAGACAGCAAAACUACUCCCUCCAUGGAAUAUUUUAUGACCAGUACUCUGACAAGGUACUUGAGGAAUAUCAUCAAAAUACUGCAGCCUGAAGACCUAUUUUUAUACAAAUUUAGCUUCCUUUUAAAACAAUGCUAAAAAAAUGAACAGGAAAAGCUCCUAGUUGUUGACUUUAUGAUACUAUGAACUAUAUGAAUGUGUUAAAAAAUGAGAAGUAAGCACUUACCUUUUUUCAGGGAAAUAGAAAAAAUAUGUAAUCUGAAAGUUCAAACAUAAAGAAAUUCCUGUUGACAAGCUAUAGGACGCCUGCCGUAAGCAAACCUUAUUCUUUUUGCUGCAAAUGCCCUUACGGAAUUCUUUGAUUUCUUUAGAUAAUGCACAAAGUAAAUAUGCACAAAGUUUCUUUAAAUAUGCACCAAGUAAAGCUGCAGCUUUUUACUAAAGCAAAAGAAAUUGGUCUCAUAAGGCUGGAAAAAUAUUUCCCUGCUUCACAAAGGAUCUAUAGAGAAGGGUACCCUGGCGUUUAUUAUAAGUAACUCAUACAUAAAUACUGCUACUGUGUAGUUACUUGCAUUUUAUAAAUGUAGGUUGGUUUUUAUCUUUCCAUAUGCAAAAGUACUGCUUCUGCUCUUUUGGUUUUGAUGUGUUUAUCUUCAAGCUGAAAAUGUUAUGUGCAGCAUGCUGUGUUGUAGUGCUGCUUCUUUACUUCAAAGACAAGCCAAGGAACCUCUUUUGGACUGAAUGUCUUCCACAGAAUAUUUGCUCAUGAUAAAAACUUAGAGCAAACUUUCCUGGAUUUUUAUCUUUUCUGUUUUAAAUACCUAAGAAGAGAUAAAAGUGUUUAUUUCUAAUCAUAAGAAUAUUUUCCUUUCACUAACAAAAAACCUAACCACUAAAGCAAACUGAUUUGGGAUUCAGUUUUGCUUUUCAAAAGGAAAGGUGUUUUUUUUUUUUUUUUUUUUUUGUGUAGCACAGCCAAGUGAUUUUAUACGAAGUAAAGUUAAAUCUUCAUGUGUAGAAAAUGAGUUUAGAAAAAAUGCAAGGUGGUGGAAUUGAGUAAGCUUGUGACAACAUUGCAUAUCAUGGUCUACCACUCUUGAGAAAAAUAGCAUUAGGCGUAGAGUCUUUUUUCAGUUCAGUUGCCAGUCCAGAAUGGACAGUGAAAUAUACUGAUCGUGUCAAAAGGUAGAAGAUCCUCUGGUGACUUUGAUUUUCUGCUCUAAGGAUCUGAAGGCCGAACAAACAUCUCUCCUGUAAUUUUUCACAUCGGAUCGGCUGAAACACUGAGGAUUAUUCAUAAGACAGUUAAUAGGAACUCCUAGGUUCUCCCUACACCCAACUUUGUAUAUUUCACUGUCAUCAGCUUUUAGGUAACUUUGAUUCAUUAUUUUCUGACUUUACUGUGCUGCCUUCUGUGUGUGUUUCUUGGUGGAAUAUCUCAUGUCUUGGUACUCUGCUUGUAUCAUGGCAUUUCUCAAUACUCUGUGCCAAUGUCUUUCUUGAAUCCAGUGUUUUCCUAAAUGCCUGUGGUCUACUGGUAAAGCUAUUACAGAGAUGCCUGCAAUCCUUCCUUACCACUUUCUUAAACAUUUCACUUCUCUCAGAUUCCUGGAAAUUGGUUGUAGAUACAGAGCUUCUUUCUGUGAUCCCACCUGGCUUUAGUUCAGCAUGGUGGUAGCCCUCUGUAUAAACUGAACCUUGAUAAAGAAAAUAUUCAUCCUUUUCAGCUAGCUUUCCAAGCUCCUAAGUUUUGAAUUGUGAUUGGGUUUUUUUGUUUUGUAGUAGUAGCAGUAUUGUGAUGUGGGGAAGGAGAAAACACUCCAACAACACAGCCAUUGGCAAUAUAAAGGCUACUUAAAUGUGAAGCAUUGUUUCUUCAUGGUAUGCUUCUCCAGGCUCUGGUUCCUCUCUUUGUCUCCAUCCCUCCUUCAGUUCAGAAAUAAAUGUUUUGAAACUGGAUACCAAAGAAAAUCUUUCCUUUCUUUUUAUGUUCAUGACUGUGUAUAGACUUGGAUGGAUACUGGAGUAAUGUUUCUGCAGUAUCAAUCUCAAAGAGAGGCUGCUGCAAUCUUUAAAGGUGCUUUCUGUAUUAAUUUUCGUUAGAAGCUGGGGUAGAAGGCUACUAA